UGUUCGUUCGUCGCUCUUUUGCUGUUUCCUGUUUCUUCUCCGAACUUGGUAUACGAACCCUUUGUCCUCUGUAUUCGGAUCGAAUUCCCCAAACCAGAGAGGAAAAGACCCGAAACUCGCUCUUUCAAGAUUCUACCUUCUGACUGCUUGAAAGAGAAUCAGAGAAACGAGAAGGAAAAGGCGAGGUUUUGCUUCUGUUCCUUGGUGAGUAGUCGACGCCAGGAGACUCUGUCGAUUGGUUCUCUGGGACAAAUGGGGUUUUGGGUUAAGGAGGGUUGAUUCUGGGUCGAAUUUGAUUUGGUUAUUCCUGAUUCAGGUCACUCUUUUAUUCCUUCUCUCUUUUCCUUAUCGAGUUUGAUUGAUUACGAAUCUUAGUUUGCUAUUCUGGUUUAGGUAAGAAUUACGAAGAAAAUUAAACAAAAUUAUUGAUUGCUUAUUCUUGUGUAGAUAAAGUCUCGACUCACGAUUCCUGGUUAUUUUCCUUUUAUUUUGAUUUGAUUCUAGCUGAUCUUGCGUUCCGUUUUGCAAGAAACUCCGUGAAAUUUUUGGUUGCGUUGUUUUAGUUUGUCAUCAGAAAUUGAGGGUUUUCUUGUUAGAUCCUUCGCUUCCCUGGUCUUCUACAAAUUUCCACUUCUUUUCUCUAUUUUUUUCUGUUUUAAUUCUAGGUUUACGUUUCAUUCAUUACCUCCAAAGAAUACGUUUAUUUUUCCUCUUCGAAUCGAAAAGAAAAAGAAAAAAAAACAGAGGUUUCUGGGGUUUGCUUAUCAUAUUGUAUAUAUUCUAUAAAGAAUCAUGGCCUUGAAUUUCUCACAUCGGCCCAUCUUUCCUGGGCAUUUAUCUGAGGACAAAUUGGUUUCUUCUAUGAGAAUUGCGAAUGGGUACCUUGUGGACGGCAUCCAAGAGAAAGUUGAGGAGUGCUUUGACUACGGAAGGGACAGGGGUGAUAGGUGUGGGUCACAUGAGCCUGUUUCCAGUGACAUUCUCGAUCUUUUGCCUUCAGAUCCCUUUGGCAUGGAUAUGAGUACCACUUUUACAGCGAUAACUGGUUGGCUUGAGGAUUUGGAGGUGGACUAUGGUGGAUUUAGGAGGAAUGAUGUGGGGACAAGUGAUGGGGAUUAUCAAUUUUAUGUUGGUCUUAAUUUUAUAUGGAAUAAUGCGAUGAAGUUUCAUGCUUUUCCUACAAACAUGGUUUUUGAUCAGAAAUUGAAUGUGGAUGGUAGAUGUGGUAGCACAUGUUUAGAGGAGAAGCAAGCAGAGGAUGCAUUGUUAGGUCAUGAUGGUGUCGGAUCUGCUUGUAAUGUGGAUGAUAUUCUGAGUUUGGGGAAUGAAACUAGGGUCAAUGAAGAUGCGGGUUUCUUGGACUUUCAGAGUGAAGAACAUGGGGCAUCACUGAGUCAUGAUUGUGUCGGAUCAGCUUGUAAUGUGGAUGACAUUUUGAGUAUGGGGAAUGAAACUAGGGGCAAUGAAGAUGUGGGUUUUGUGGACUUCCAGAGUGAAGAAUUUGACUCAUCACUAAGUCAUACUGGUGUCGUAUCAGCUUGUAACGUGGAUGACUUAUGGAGGUUGGGGAAUGAAAUCAGGGGCAGUGAAAAUAUGGGUUUUGUGGGCUUUCAGACCGAAAAACUUGGGGAGUGCAGUGGAACUAGUUUGGCUGAUGAUGAUGGAGCUCCUCAUCAGGCUUUGCAUUAUGCCUUUGCCUAUCUUGGUGUGCGAGAUCUUCUUGUUGUUGAAACAGUUUGCAAAACUCUGCGUGACACAGUUCGAAGUGAUACUCUCUGCUGGAAGAAUAUUCACAUAGGUCAUCCAUUAAAUGAGAAGAUUACUGAUGAUAUUCUUUUGGAAUUGACUAAUAGGGCUCUUGGCAAACUAGAGAGCUUGACCCUGGUAGAAUGCUUAAAGAUUACUGAUGAUGGUCUAAAACGCGUGCUUGAAAGAAAUGGAAGGCUAACCAAGCUAUGUGUGCCUGGAUGUACAAGACUCAGUAUUGAGGGUAUAGUGACUAGCUUGACGGCAUUUAAGAAUGUCGGUGCUCAAGGAGUGAAGCAAUUAAGUAUUGGUUGGAUUUAUGGUGUCACUCAGAAGCAUUUUGAAGAGUUGAAGUUGUUGUUGGGCACAGAUAGCUGCGCGCAGCAGAAUACCCACAAGCUGCGUUUCUAUCACAGGUGGAACAUAUACUUGUCCUGUGAGGAUGAUCGUCCGAUUGAUAUUGAAAGCUGCCCUAGAUGUCAGAACCCGAGGCUAGUUUAUGAUUGCCCAGCAGAGGGUUGCCUAGGAAACAAGAAUACUACUCAGGCGUGCAGGGCAUGCACAAUUUGUAUACCACGUUGUGCUGAAUGUGGUCGCUGUAUUAAUGAUGGUGAAUAUGAGGAAACCUUUUGUUUGGAGUUGCUUUGUUUAGCUUGUGGAAAACAGCUCCUGAAUUCCCAUGAGAGGCGUGACAGCAAGAUUGGUCUUUCGAAUGACUUGAGCUGUAAUGUCAGCGUUCAUGGCUAGAGGCUAAUAUCUGUUUUGUCUUCUGGUUUUACCUUGUGGUGGAGGAAUGCAUGGUUUGCUAUUCAGACAUCUACAAAAAUGUUGAAUACCCUUGUGAGCUUAUGAAUUCCCCAUAAUAUCUUGUCUUACCUUCUGAGUCAGAUGUGAGUCAGCUUCAGCAUUUGAUAGACUCCAACUUGGCCUUUCCCAAUUGGGGUGUCCUUGAACUUCUGUUUGUGUUAUCCAAAAGGAGAAGGGGGAAAAAAAAGAAAAGAGAAAAAGAAAAUGAAAUAAUAUGUUCUUGGAAGUAACGAAGGCUGCCAGCCGCAGUAUAGUGUGAAUAAGAAGGACCUCUGUAGCUGCAUUUAUUAGAAUUCCUAAGAAGCAUAAGUAGGUUUGCUGGUAAAUUUUGGGAACCAACACAUGGAUCUACCUGGAAGUGGUCACUGUUUAUUCGGCAUUUUCUCUGCAGGAUGAAAUGGCAAGGCUGCUCAUCUGUUGGUCCUAUAAUAUCAUUCAUCGGUCAGUAUUUUUUGUCCAUUGAAGCAAGCAGAGUCGUUAAUUUGUCCCUUAGUGGUGCGAGCUAUAUAAUUGUCUGUGUGGCGUGAUGAAAUCUAGGAAUCAGUCAUUUUGGUGUGAAAGUUUAACUGACAGGCUGUUGUCAGUGUGUCGAGAGUAGCUCACAAUGUUGUUGAUAAAGUGUCUUGGGAGCGUUGGACCUGCUUUGCUUACAGCGGUAAUGUUUUCCUGGUGAUACUGAGGGUUGCUGCCACCUUGGUUGCAUCUUCAGGAUUGGGCUACCCGAAUCUACAUAGUUGUAUGAAUAACAAUUUAAGUUACCUUCCUUAUUAAUAGGUUUCAACUCUUAUAUUAAAGGCUUGAACUAUACUGCUUCAUUUCGUUGAAGCUUUUAUGUGCGUCUCUUAUGGACACCAGACUGCAUAAUUCUUCUCGAGAGAGAGAAUAAAGGAUGAUGCUUUGUGUAUUCCGUAAUUUCCUGCUAUCAAUGAGAUGGUUUUCAAAUA